GAAACCUAAAUUGUUCUCAUUUGAUAGCGGCGGCUUUGCUUCUUUUGGGUCGAUCACCAUGAGGCGGAUGGUGAUGAAUGGCGCGGCACCAUUCCUUCCCGAAGAAAUCAUAAUCAACAUUCUCAAGUGGCUCCCGGUGAAAUCCCUAAUGCGGUUUCGAUGUGUCUGCAAGCGUUGGAAGAAUCUCUUCAAGACCCCAUCUUUUAUCGCCGAUCACCUCCGCAAUUCCAGUCAUCAUAACCCUUCUGUUCUGUUUUUCCGGACUUUUGGAUUGGAUCCUUCGCAGAUACGUUUGCUUGAUUGCGAGAUGCAAGUCCGUGAUGCUCUUCCUUUCGAUUCCUUGGGGUUCAGACACCUUAGCAUAAUUGGUUCCAGCAAUGGCUUGCUUUGUGUUGCAAUUCAUGAGAAUGAUUUUCCCUUUUUAUUGUGGAAUCCGGCGACCAGAGAUGUCAGAGAGGUGCCUCGAUCCAGCACUAUCGAUUGUUAUCGGUUAGGAUUUGGGUUCAGUUCAUUUGUUAAUGAUUACAAGAUAGUGGCAAUUUAUCGUAAGAUUGGUAGAGCGGGAGUGUAUUCAUUAAGGAGAGAUUCUUGGAAAGAAAUAGAAUAUGGCAACAUUUUAGAUUUUGUAACUAUUUAUCGUGACACUAGGGUCUCCUCUAAUGGAGCUAUCUUUUGGAAUGGAUCAAAACGAUGUGAGGAGAGGGAGGAGGGAGCUAUAAUUUCAUUUGACAUAGUGAAGGAAGUGUUUACUCUAAUACCACGGCCUACACUUCAGGAGGAUUCAUAUCUUUACUUAACCGUGUACAAGGACAAACUUGCUAUGCUUUAUUGUGGAGUUGGGGCCUCUCCAAACAUUGAUUUGUGGGUGAUGGAGGAAGACAUUGGUUCAUCUGGGGAGAGAUGGAGUUGGACUAAGAAAUUCACCGGUGGCCCUUGUCCUUGGACGUUAUAUUUUGGGGGCACGAUUUGGAGGAAUGAAAUUGUCAUGUUUGGAACCGAGACUCAAGAUAAAAUAGGGAAUAAAGAACCAGAAAGUGGUCUCUGUUUGUUCAAGCUCACUACUAAUGAAUUUGAGAUGGUGGUUGUCCCCAAUCACGGCUCUUGUCGUUUUCUUAAUUAUGUGGAAAGUCUUGUACCUGUUGGCAACAUCCUCAACAUUGAAGAACCUUGGUUUUAAAGGUUUAUUAUUAUUCUGCAGAUUUGCUUUAUUUAAAUAAUUUUUGGUAGAAAUGGAUCCAUGUCAUUUUAGUUCAUUUUGUACUGGCAACGCUUGAUGCCAUUUAGCGAUGUUAUCCAGAACGAUGAAUUGAAAUUUUGAAUACUUUA